GGCAUUACAGUCGAUGACGGGAACUGCGCAUGCAGCAGGACAAGACACUUUCUUUUUAAUUUAUGACACUUUUAAUAUGGACCUUUCCUACUGAACGUGAAUAUGACUUUUAUUACUAGAUAACACUGUUUUUGGAAUUCAUUCUCAUAACUUAAUGGGUUUUAAAAAAAUAAAAAAGUGUUAAACUUUAUUAAUGAAUCUUCCUGGUGAUGUUGAAACCGGCGUUUUACUUAUAUGUAUCUGAACAUAAGUGGCCUCAUGCUGUAAUUCUGUGACCGUCAGUCAUCACAGGAAUUCAUCAGCAGUGUAUUUUCGGAACAGCGUCACUCAGUGACAGCGGGACCCGCGCGGAUAGUUUAUCUGUGGAUUUUAAAGGACCAUCUUAAGCCACGUUGAGUGACUGAUAGCUUAAUCUCAUCUGCACUGAAAGAUGCUUCAGAAUGGCAAGUCUCAAACGGACAACGCGUCCGAGCCAGAGCCAAAGCCCGAGGCGCAAAGCGAGAAGACAGAAGCGAGCGAGAGCGCCGCGUCUCACCCAGAGACUGAGUCCACAGACACCGACCCCACUCAGUUCCCCCUGCCCGUCUAUCCCAAACUAGAAAUCAAGCGCCAUGCUGUGACUGAUGACUACAAAAUCUCAAGUCAUGUGUUGGGUCUGGGUGUUAACGGCAAAGUUGUGGAGUGCUAUAACAAGAAAACCGGACAAAAGUGCGCGCUGAAGGAGAUGAGGUGUGACACACAGCACUCAGGCAGAGCAAUGGAAAUAUGUCACCCAAGUGCCAUCGUGGACAGGGAUUUACUGUCCAAAAAUGUGUGUGUGUGUUGUGUCAGUAUGGAGGGGGGAGAGCUCUUCAGCAGAAUUCAGGCCAGAGGAGACCAAGCCUUCACUGAGCGAGAGGCAUCUGAGAUCAUGAGAGACAUCGGCACAGCCAUCCAGUAUCUGCACAACAUGAACAUUGCACACAGAGACAUCAAGCCAGAGAACCUGCUCUACACUAAUAAAGAAGAUACUGGAGUUCUCAAACUAACAGAUUUUGGCUUUGCUAAAGAGACUUCACUGCAUAACCUAUUACAGACGCCCUGCUUUACGCCAUAUUAUGUAGCACCAGAGGUUUUAGGCCCUGAGAAAUACGACAAAUCAUGUGAUAUGUGGUCUCUGGGCGUGAUCAUGUACAUCCUGUUGUGUGGAUUCCCACCGUUCUACUCCAACACAGGACAGGCCAUUUCACCGGGAAUGAAGCGGCGUAUUCGCAUGGGCCAGUACGAGUUUCCCAACCCAGAGUGGGCUGAAGUGUCUGAGGAGGCCAAACAGUUGAUUCACCAGCUAUUGAAGACCGACCCUAAUGAAAGAAUGACCAUUGAACAAUUCAUGAACCACACCUGGAUCAUUCAAUCCAUGGUGGUUCCCCAAACGCCUCUCCACACCACACGAGUGCUAACAGAAGACAGCGAGAUGUGGGACGAGGUCAAGGAAGAGUUAACCAGUGCGUUGGCCACCAUGCGUGUAGAUUACGAGCAGGUGAAGAUUAAGGACUUGGAUGCCUCCAGUAACCCCUUGCUGAACAAGAGACGCAAGAAAGCAGCAACAGGGGAGAAGAGUGGAGGAAGUGGAUGCAGUAGCCAAUGAGGGACUGGGGAUGAAGAAUAGACAAAUCAAUGAUCAGAUAAAAGGAGUCAAGAGCAAGAGUGGAAGCAUACGGAAAUAGAUGGGCUCUCCAAAGAAGAACAGAAGAUGCAUGGAUCAAGGGAAGAGGCAAGAACGGGAGACAAUUUUGUUGAUAAACAAGAAGAUUUUGAAUAAUUGGAGGGAAUGCACAUGUGCAUAGAGGAAGUCCUUGUUUCUACCACCAGCAGUGAAGAAGACUUUAAAAAGCUGCUUUAAAAUCCUUCAGCUGUGUGUGUGUGUGUGUGUGUGUGUGCGUGUGUGCUGUAUGUGAGCGUUCAUUAAGGUUUAUAUGUCUUUUUUGUGUACUAAUCUAUUACUUGAUGCGCACUAUUCACACUAUGUCUGUUAUAUAUGUGUAUUUGUAUAAGAUGUGUUUCUAUGUGUCUUAUCACUCUGAUCAUGCAGGUCACUCCAGAGACUUAAAGGAAUAGUUCACACAAAAAAAUUUGCUUAAAAAGUACUCACCCUCAGGCCA